UCGCAUUCGAGCGUGCACGCCGCAUACAAACCCCAGUAACGACGCGAGGAAAUUAGUGCUGAAAAGGAACACUUCAGUUUCGAAUCUACUUUGAUACCAGCCUCAUACCCUCACAUACCAUGACCCAAUACACCCAAGACACCUUCCGAGCACUUGUGAAGAAGCUCGUCGAGAAACCAGAAUAUUUCAGUUCGGAUGAUCUCAAAGUAGCGCUCAACCAUCUCUUCACCCCCGACGUCCUCCAUCCUUCCCAGAUCGGCGCCUUCCUUACUGCCUUGCACAUCCACCGUAUCGAGCGACGUCCCGAAUUCCUCACCGCAGCCGCCUCUGUGCUUCGACAGAAAGCCCUUAAAGCCGCUGUGCAAGAACUCGAGAAGGAUUUCGUAGUAGAUAUCGUUGGAACCGGAGGUGACGGGUACAACCUGUUCAAUGUUAGUACCACCGCAGCAAUCGUGGCUGCUGGUGCCGGUGCACGGGUAAUCAAGCAUGGUAGCCGGGCAUCAACCUCUUCAUCAGGCUCCGCUGAUCUCCUGGAAUCACUCGACUGUCUGUUCACCGUCCCCACACCAGGCACACCGAUGCCCAUCCCCCGCGUCCCCUUCACCUUCAUCCUUGCGCCACACUAUCAUCCAGCAAUGGCUUCCAUCGCUCCCUUCCGCAAAGCACUCCCCUUCCGCACCAUGUUCAACGUCCUCGGUCCCUUGAUCAACCCAGCAAAUCCCCGUGGAAUGGUUCUCGGUGUUGCCAUUCCCGAGAUUGGUUUGGCGUUCGCAAAAUCGUUGAAGGAAGGAGGAGUAGAGAAGGCACUGGUUGUCUGCGGUUAUGAGGGACUGGACGAGAUCAGCUGCGCUGGUCCUACCCACGCCUGGGAACUCCAUCCUGACGGUUCAAUCACAGAAAAGGUUUUGAAGCCGAAAGACUUUGGAUUGCCAGUCCAUCCAUUAUCCACGGUCGCUGGUGGUUCUCCCCAAGAAAAUGCGGCAACGUUCAAGACGUUACUCACCUCUGGUGACAAGAUCCCCGAAAUCCUCAUCCCCGUCCUUGAUUUCGUGUUGAUGAACGCUUCUGCUUUGCUCGUCGUCGCUGGUAUUGCGAGGGACUACGUUCACGGCACAGAGCUUGCUCGCCAGAGCAUUGUCUCAGGCGAGGCAUGGAGGGCUUUGGAAACUUUCCGAGAUGCUGGGCGGAAGGCUGCCGCUCAAAUCGCAUCAACGUUAAACUCUACAACCUACGAUUGGCAUUCGGAAGUAGUCAACAUCAACUAUCUACAAGAUGAGAUACCCGCCAGAGAGACGUUCCGUCCGGAACCGAUCCAUCCCUCAACGGGGCCCGCUGAGGACGAUAGCCCAUCGAGAGAACGAACCGGUCACCGGAUAUAA